GCUCAGAGAUGAACUGUUUGUCAAAUACCAAACAUUUCCGAAAUAAUUAGGCAAACUUUGUGACAGAAUGUUUCUCGUGUAGACGCACCAUAACUUUAAACAUGUUCAAAUCGACAAAUGUUUGUAAAAUGCUGGUGAAAUGCCAAACAAUGUUUGUCAAAUGGCUAAUUAUUUGCCCAAUUAUUUGUCGUGUAGACGCACCAUAACUUUAAACAUGUUCAAAUCGACAAAUGUUUGUGAAAUGCUGGUGAAAUGCCAAACAAUGUUUGUCAAAUGGCUAAUUAUUUGCCGAAUUAUUUGUCGUGUAGACGCACCAUUACUUCUCCCUCGCCAAAAUGCCCAAAAUCAGGGAAUCGGACCACAUUUUUCCUUGAAUUUCCUUCACUUGACAUGCCCUAUAUGAAAAGAGCGAGAAUAUUUAAAGCACAUCCUUAUCAACGGUUCCAAACUACGGGCAUAUUUAAAUAUUCAUACUACUAAAAUGCAUUUUUUAAGCAUUUUUUAAAGACUGCAAGUUGCUAAUUCCUCUUUUGAGGAAGUGUGAUAAAAUAAAACAAAGAUAGUAUUGGAAAAAUGAAUUAACUGAAGUUUCAAGUCUUAGUUAUCUUUUUAUUGGUGAACAUGGAGGACCUUCUGAAUUGGCUCGAAAAUGCUCGGGUUAUAUCCAACUCCGUCAAAGAAAAGAUCACGAACGCAGAGUCACCGCCUCAAAAGCUGCUGGACCAACUCCGGAAUGGUCUUACUCUUGUUCAUUUGGCUCACAGUUUGGACCAGAAUGUGCUCCAGGACUCGAUCAACGUGCGACCCACCACGGAAAUUCUGAAGGAGAAAAAUUUUAAGAAGUUCCUCAAUGCAUGUAAGGCUCAGAAAAUUUCCAUACCCAAGCCUCUGAAGAGCUUCCAAGGGAUGGUAUUACAGAAUUUAGAUCACGUUUUAGAAAUUCUCUUCAAAGUCUCAAAAGAAAUUAGUCGAAUACAUCCCAAAAUCAAACCCUUGGAAUCCAUUCCGAAAAUUGAUCACACGUUGACCAUGCAGCUCUCCCUAUCCGAUGAUAUCCAUGAGAGUCCGUAUACGAGUACUAUGACAAGGACUACUGCUAUUGAGGAUGUGCAUGAAGAUGUCGUUAAGCAAACCAAGAAAGACACGUCAAAAACCCGAGUCGAAAUUGCUUUUGAUUACCUAUUAACCGCCGAAAGCCAGUACAUAAUUCGUCUCGAAGUAUUGGCCAAACUAUCCAAAUAUUUUAUCAACCACGAGGGUCAAGAAUGGUUUUCGGAUCUCACCCAUUGGUCGUCAUUUCUGUACAAUUUCCAUUCGAAGUUUAAAGAGCGACUGGAUCAAAUCACCAUCAACGAUUUUGGCUUAUUAUUUGAGGAGGUCAAGCCCAGUUUCACCUAUUACGGUCCAUUGAUUGUCAGUUGUGAGAAAAUAAAGCACAAGCUAAAAACAAUGAGCCAUCGGUCCUCUGUGGAAUUUCGCAAGGCUUUCGAGGAUGCGCAAAAAAGCCUCAAAAACACAGAAAUUCCUCACCAUAAGAUUAUGUCGCCAGACGAGCUCUUGAAUGUGCCUUUCAUCCACAUUAUGCGAUAUCUUUUGAUGCUCAAGAACUUCGAGAUGAAGCCAAGAAACAGAAGUACUUUUUGAAUGGACUCGCCGAGGCCAUAGACACAAUGCAAGAUAUCAUCAACUUUAUUGAAAUCUACAAAAAUGACACUGAUAACAUGGAAGCCACGCAGUUGGCCGUAAAACCUAUUCGUUUUCCACAAGUUAAAGGAUCAAACACGUCCGGAAGACCCGUCGAUUUUCGCCGUGACUUUGGACGUCUCAUGUUGGAUGCUAAGAUCAAAAUCGCCCAAAACAUCAACGGAAAGUCGCCCAAAAUAAAAUAUGUUAUGGGAUUUGAGUUUGUCAUCUUCAUCUCCAAUAUAUCGUCGGCUUUUUCCUUGCGCGGCAAGGAGUUGUCCCAUGAAAAGGCUAUUUAUACCAAGGAAAUGCGAUCCAUUCAAGAUGACGAGAAAAGUUUGAUUCAAGUUCUUAUGCAACAAGACUCUUUUUCAAUUGUGGAGACAAACCCAUCCAAGCGAUUGAGUAUCAAAUCAUUGCUUGAAAAAAUGUGCCCAAAAGUAUCCAAGGUCCACAAAUGCGGAGGCAAUGUGCAUACGCAAGUUCCUCCUCAAUAUGUCUUGGGAAAGGAUCCGGAUCGAACCAACUCAACCAGCUGGUUGGCGUUUUGCCAAAGCCCAGAUUGUAAGAGAUUGCUACCUGGCCGAAUCACCAUUGGUGUCAAAUGUUGCAAUUGUAAACAACUUUACAUGAGCAUUGCUUUUAUGAAGGCUUCUAUCAGUCCCCAAAUCCUUCCGACGAGAUUGAGUUAAUCCAUUGAAAUUCGUUGCAGCAAAUGGGCCAUCUAGCAAUGAACUUUGCAAAGAAACAGCUACGGGAUUGAGUUCUGGAAAUAAUCACUAGAUGACAGUCCCCCAAGGGUCAACGAUCAAAUUCAGAUAAGAAUCAUUCAGGAGCUUGUGGGACCACAGAAUUAUCAGUUUUAAAAAAGAUGCAAUUGGAAAACUAGUGAUUGUUUGUGCUGGGGGACCCAUAUUACAUUUUCAACUCAUUUUGAGUUAACUGCAUUGAUUUUGGCAAAAAAUAAACCUUCUAGAUUGCUUACUGUAAUAUGGAUAUACAUAGUGAUGAGUAGACUUGAACGAAAAUUAUGUAUUUCGUAUGUUGAGCAGAAAUUCGAGAGGGUUUCACAAACCGGUUUUCUUCUCACUGCC